AGGGCAACACAUUUGCAAGUCCUGGUAAUCGCAUACAGUAAGACUUGAGGAACUAUAAAAGCCAAGGGAGCAAAGCCUAGAAAUUAGUCUUCACAGAAAGAGGAGGACUCUUCUUACCUUAAAGGCUUACAGGAGCUUUACUAAGCCCACCAUGGGGGGUACGAAGCUCUGCCUUUUGCUGCUGCUGGGCACAUACACACUAGCCCAGCAAGAUGUGGGAAAUGCUGAGGAACCAUCUGUUUGCUUGUUGGCCAAAAGAUUCAAGAACUUCCGACGAUACGUGUACGACUACGAAGUUGAGACCUUUAAUGGCGUGAAUGGAGCGACCGACGACAAAAGCGGCCCCAAAGUCUCUUGCAAAGUUGAAGUUGAAGUGCCCCAGACGUGUAGCUUCAUCGUCCGCACAACAGAGUGCUCUCUGAGCGAGAUCUUUAGUGUGGAUGAGGAAGGGAACCCAGUGUACCGUCCUGCUGAGGGAGCUCAGGCUUUCAAAGCUGCCAUGGCCAAGAACCUCUUGAAGAUCAAAGUCAAAGAACAGACUCAUGUCACACUCUACCCUGAGGAUGAUGAGCCCGUCAACAUCUUGAACAUCAAGAGGGGAAUCAUCUCUGCUCUCAUCGUUCCAGUGAUGGAGGAGGACAAGAACAUGAAAAUGGCCACCGUGCACGGAGUGUGCCCCACCCACUUCACUGAGAACACCAGAGAGGACAUCGCCACAGAAGUGACUGUCAGCAGGGAUCUCUCCCAGUGUGACGAAUUCUCUCCCUUCAGGCAGGUCACCAGUCCCCUGGCCCUCCUCACUGGCAUGAAGUACCAUCUGUCCAAGAUGAUCAGCAGCACCCAGACUUGCAACUACAAGUUUGACAACCAGAAGAAGCACAUGACCAGUGGAACCUGCACAGAGAAACACCUCUUCCUGCCCCUCUCCCACCAGAAUGAGUAUGGAAUUUCUACUCUGGUGAAGCAGACUGUGACUCUGAGAGAGACCGCUAAGAUCAACGACAGAAUCUUUGACUUCAGCAAUGUAAACCGCUUCAUGAGCUUGGCUAUGGAUGUCACUGACGAAAAGUCCCCCGUGCAGACCAAGGAUGCUGCCAUCGCCACCAUGCAGCAGCUGAACACCCUGUCACAGACCACCCAGGGCGAGGAGCGCGCCAGCCUCUUCCACAAGCUGGUGACUGAGCUGCGUGGCCUGGAUGUUGACAUCUUGGGAGACACUGCUGUUGAGAUGAUGGACAUGUCCCAGUCUCUGAUGUGGCAAGCUUUCGCUCAGUGCGGCACCCCAGAGUGCACCAGCGCCAUGCUGAAGAUUCUCAGGACCUUUGACGAGGGCGCCCUCGAGGUCGACGCUGCUGUGUACGCCCUGGGACUGCUGCUUAACCCCUCCCGCCUCAUGGUGAAGGACAUGCUGGCUAUGGCUCAGUACAAGCAGAGCAAACCCAUCAUGUAUGCUCUGAGCAACACAGUCAGGAAACUGUACCGGGCUGAGGGCGUCACCCCCGAGAUCACCGCUGUCUUUGAGUACAUGUCUUCCAUCCUGGGUGCAGACUGCGCUGGGGAGAAGGACCUGACCUUCCUGAUCUUGAGGGUUGUUGGUAACAUGGGAGAUGUAAUGGAGGCCGUUGACGCCACCAUUAAGACCACCCUGGUGAAGUGCAUGAGACAGCCUGCAACCACACUGUCUGUACAGCUGGCUGCCAUCCAGGCUUUCAGGCGCAUGUCUGCAACAGAUGAGGUUCGUUCCAACCUCCAGAGGGUCAGCCAGUACCCCAAGGGUGCUGUGCAGAAGCGCCUGGCAGCUUACCUGGUCCUGAUGAGGAACCCCCAGGACAGUGACAUUGAGAUGGUGAAGAAGCUGAUUAAGCAGGAGCAGAACACUCAGAUCAAGGCCUUUGUGACCUCCCACGUCUACAACAUCAUUUCAUCCACUGAUCCAGAGACCCAGAAGAUCGGUCAGAAGAUCAUGGACGCCCUGCAGGAUACUGAAGUCACCACACACAGCGACUACACCACAAAGUCCCGCAACUACAAGCUGGGCAUGGCACAUGAGAGCAUGCAGGCCGCCAUGCAGGGCAACAUUAUCUUUGAUCCCAGUAGCCAGUUGCCGAGGGAAAUGAUGCUGGAAACUACCCUGAAAGCUUUUGGUUUCAACAUGGAUCUGUGGGAGCUCGGCAUGGAAGGAAAGGGCUUCGAGCCAACCAUUGAUGCUUUGUUUGGAAAGAACGGUUUCUUCCCUGACACUUUGGCCAAGACUCUGUACUGGACUUUGGACAAGAUACCACCACAGGUGAAAGAAGAACUGGAGAAAUGGGUUUCUCCCCUGGACACAGACAAAAGAAAGGUUCCUGAAAAUCUUGCGAGAGAAAUCGUCCGCAACUUCAACAAGCUGGUGAAGGAUCUGCAGAGUCAGGAUGCCCCAGAGGCCAUGGCCUACCUGAGGAUCAUGGGAGCUGAGCUUGGCUACAUCAAGAGCAGCGAAGUGAAGAGCAUGGCUUCCAACGCAAUAAUGUAUGCAGAUAUUCUCAUGAAGAUCAUCCCUACCAAGGUUGUGUCUAAGAUGAUGUCCAGCACUGACAAUGAGAUCUUCGCCCAUUACAUCUUCAUGGACAACAGAUUCAUGUUGCCAACAGCAGCUGGUAUGCCUCUGACAUUUGCUCUGUCUGGCACCUUCACUCCUGGAGCAAAGGGAGGCCUUCGCAUGGGUCCCACAAUGAAUGAGCUGCUGUUCUCACCCUCUAUUGGAGUUGAGUUCGUGACCAAGAUGGGAGUCCACGUGCCUGAGUUCAUCGUGUCUGCCGUCGAGAUGCACACCAACAUGUACCACGAGAGCACGCUCAAUGCCAAGAUCACCAUGGAGAACAACGAGGUCAAGCUUUCCAUCCCCGCCCCACAGGGCACCACAAAGCUCUUGAGCAUCAGCAACAAAGUGAUGAUUGUGGGUGCUGGUAAUGCUGCCGUGAUCCCACACACCGAGGGUGAAUCCAGCUGCAGCCCUCUCUUCUCUGGAGUCAGAUACUGCACCAAAACACUCCGGGCCAACACUGGCGAUAAGACUGAUGUUCCUUACUUCCCCCUGAACGGAGAGACUAAGUUUGACUUGGACAUCAAGCCCUCUAAAGAGGUCUCUGAGUACACAGCCACCAUGGCCUACAAGCUCCUCGUUGAAGGAAAGGAGAAACGCCACACAGUUGAUUCUUUGAAGUUUGCCCUGAGAGCUGAAGGUGCUCAGCCCACCGAGGCCACAGUCACCAUGAAGUUCAACAGGAACAGGAAUGUCUUCAGCACCCAAGUCCAGGUGCCUGACUUUGAUGUCGAGGCCGGCGUUAAGGUUGGCAUGACCGACAGCAGUGCCAAGGGCCAAUCCAUCACCCUGGAGUUCACCAACAAGAACAUUCCCCAGCUCUCUCUGACUGGCCGUGCCAAGCUUCAGACCAUGACUGAUGGCAUGCUGCAGGUUCAGCUGUUAGUCCCAUCAUUCAAGACUGAUGCUUCCAUCACUGCUACCAUGAGAAACACUGACGGACUCACCGUAGAGAUCAAAAGUGAUGUCAAGCUCCCAGCGACCUCUUCUGUUCAGGCAGUUACAUUCAAAUAUGGUGAAGACCAGGCUGAGGUUCAGCUGAUGUCCAACAUGAGCGCUGAUACUAAGAUUGUUGUGCCUUACACCGAAGCCGUCAUCGUCUGGCUCAAGCAGUUUGCGGAGGAUGUCAUGGAGCAGCAGGUUGUCAAGACUGACAUGAAACUGCGUCACGUCCUCAACAAGGCAGUUGAGGCCGGUGAUAUCUGGAUGGACAAGAUCUCAGCUGAUGUUCCCUAUGUUGAGACUCUGAGGAACAGAAUUGCAAGUGUGGAGAUGCCCUCUGUGCCUGAGAACCUUUUCAUGAACUUUGACAGCGCAUUCAGAUACAAGUUCAACCACGACCGCAUGACCAUCACCGUCCCUCUUCCUCUUGGAGGCAAAUCAUCUGAGGAGCUGAGGAUACCGCCAAUGGUCAGCACCCCACGCAUCUCCGUGCCUCAGCUGGACAUGGAGUUCGCCUCACAGGAGAUUCAGAUCCCCACUUUUACCAUCCCCUCUGAAUAUGAUCUCGUCCUGCCUCUGAUGGGAAUGGUUGAAGCAUCUGCCAAGGUCAACAGCAACUAUUAUGACUGGGAGGCAACUAUGUCUGCUGGUAACAACACCGUAGAGUCUCCAAGCUACCUGGCCAAGUUCAGAGUCAUGGCUGAGAGUCCAAUCCAACUUCUCUCCUUCUCAACUGAGGGAGCUACAACAAUCACCGACACGCCAGAGAAAACCAUGAAAUUCACCAUGGAUGGUUCCCUGAGCCACAUGCUCAUGAACACAGGUUUUAGUGUCCUUGAAACCAUUGCUGUCACAGACAAUGUAAUGUCAACAGGAAGGUACAACAUCAAUGCUGCCUCUCCUAUGGGUCUGGACACCUCUCUGGCUGUUACCACCCAGGUCACCCUAGACUCAAACAUGCUGUUUGGAGAUGUCAACACAGACGGAAGUCUCACCAUUGGACCCAUGGCUGCCAGCACCACUUAUCAGUACACCUUCUCUGUUGAGCCAGCCAAGAAACAGGCUAAACUGGAGAGCACACUGAGGGUGACCUCUGAAAUCCUGAAGGUCAUCAACAAGAUGAAGGCAUCGUAUGCAAAUGAGGAGCUUCUGAUUGAGUCUAACACCAACAUGGACACCGACCCGAUCAAGCACACUACCAAAAUGAGCCUUAACUACAAAGAUGUCAAGCUUUCCAUCCAGUCUGACUCUGUGACCAAGGCUGAUGAGCGAAUGAUCCGUAGCCAGAUGGAGUUCACUGCCUCUGACGGGCAGGCCAGCCUCAGGAUUGAGAAUCAAGCCGAUGACACAGUGAACCGUGUCUACUCUUUGCUCACUGGGUCCAUGAGCCCCUCCGGCCUGGAGAUCAAUGCUGAUGCCUCCUUGAACAUCUUCUCAAGCCUUGCCUCUCACAAGGCAACACUGGCCCUGAACAUGAAUGGUCUGACCACCAGCUGCACAACAACUGCUCAGUACAGCCCAAUGACCUUUGAGAAUGUCUUCCAUGGUGGAGUUGACACCUCUGGUGCCACCAUGUCCCUCACAACUAAGGCAGCCAUUGAAGACAACAAAGCCGAGCUCAAUGUUGAGGGAAAGCUUGCAAGCACAGACGUUUACCUCAACGGCAUCCUUAAAGGUAACCUCUUUGACAUCAACACCAGGAACAGAGUGAACUUCAGACUGAACGAAGAUGGCUUGGUCCUCUCUAACAACGUAGUUGGAUCUCUCAACAACAUGAGGACUGAGAAUACACACUCACUGUCUCUUACGCUAAAAUCUUUCACCCUGAGCUCCAAGACUAAUAACUUCCUUGACAAGGGUAACACCUAUAAGCAUGACAUCAAUGUUAACAUGGAGCGUUUUACUGCCAUGGUUAAUGUGCAAGGUGAAUUGAAGAUCAUGGAGACUGACCUUGUGAAUGAUUUCAAAUUCGAGGCACAGCCCUACAACAUGGAGCUGACUGGAACAAUGAUGGCAGGCCGCUUAGGGGAAGAGCUUAAGCACACUUAUGAAGUCAAGUUUGUUGACAUGGCCCUCUCUGCAACAUGCAAUACCGUUGGUAAACUCCUGGGAACUCAAAUGGAACAUUACUCUCUUAUGGAGGUUGCUGGUCUGACCAUGAAGUUCAACAGUGAAGCCAAAUUCAACUCACCAGUUCUUCAGCUGGACAGUACAGUCAAAACUGUUGCUGCACCCUUCACUCUGAACAUUGAUGCCAUCUUCAACUCAAAUGGCGAAGGGUAUCUGUAUGGUAAGCAGAGCGGCGAAGUAUACAGCAAAUUCCUCCUGAAGGCAGAACCCACACUGUUCACACAUUCAUUUGAGCACAGAGCCUCAACCACCCAUCAACUGGAGGGCAGACCCGAAAUCAAGACCAAUAUGGAAAACAAGUUCAACAGCAUGCUGAGUCUCCAAGAGCAAAGUGUGACACUGAAGAUGGCAUCCACAGUAAAUGAGGACACUUUUGAUCAAGAAAUGAAUGCCUAUAACAACGCAGAGAGAAUGGGUAUUGAGAUGUCAGGAGCAGUUUCAACCUCCCUCUUCAGUGAGACCAAACAAGAUUACGCAGUCUCUGGAUUUGUGAAAUAUGACAAGAGCAGUGACAGCCACUUCAUCCAGAUCCCAUUCAUUGAGUAUCUGCCUGCAGUUGUUGAAGACGUUAAGGCCACAAUGAUGAGGCUGAUGGACCAGAGCAUUGUGAUGCUGAGCGAUAUCAACACCAAGUAUGAGAUCAGUGCCAAGUUUCAGGAUAAAGUGUCAGAACUGAAGGAGGUGAUUGACAAUUUUGACUUCAAACUCUUUGUCCAAGACCUGAGAAAGUACACCAACUCAGUGGAAAGCUUUGUGAUCGACCUGACGGCCAAGUUCCCAACUGACAAAGUUAUGAAUGUGCUGAGAGCAAUGAAGGAUGCCAUCGUGGCGUUUAUAACGAAGCAUAACAUUACCCAGAACUUCAAUGAAAUUUAUGCCAAAGUAGAGGAGAUCCUCUCCAGCUACGAGGUUGAAAAGAUGAUUGGGGCCAUCAUGGAUGAGGUUGUUAAAAUCAUGAAGCAGUAUCAGGUGAGGGAAAAGGUACAGUCUGCAAUUGCUACUCUCAAUUCAAUUGACUUCCAGCCUUUGCUCAAAAAAGUUAUGGCACCUGUUCAGGAGCUUGUGAAUGAGCUGUAUUCCUUUAACUUCAAACAGCUGAUUGAUGACAUGAGUGACUAUUUCAUGAGGAUGAUGCAGACAAUCAGAUCUUUUGAUUAUGACACAUUCACGAUGGAAUUGAAGGAGAAAGUGUCAGAAAUGAGCAAGAUCCCCUGCUUUGGAAAACUCUAUGGAGAGUUCAGACUCACCUCCCCUCAUUACACACUCAGGACCAAUGCUGACCUUGAGAACACCACAACUACAUCAGUCACACCAGAGUUCAAAAUCAACCUUAACUCAUGGGCAACAUCUACUUUGAAAGUUCUUGACUUCUCAGUGGACGCCAGUGCUCACUUUGCUGCACCCAAGAUGAGUCGCCUGUCCAUCUCUGAGAACGUUAAAGUUGACCAGAUGUGUUUCACACUCGACCACAAGGCAACAAUGACUCUCUAUGGCCUGUCAGCUCAAGCUUCUGCUGAAACUACUGCAAAAGCCAACACUGAGCUCUAUGUAGCCGAGCUUGUCAAUACUGCGUUCUUCGCCAUGGAAGAUGGAGUUUCUGCCACUGUGGAGACUAACUACAAACACGACCUCAACAUGCCAUUCUUCAACAUCUUCAGUGAAGCCUUAAUGAAUCAAAAGAAUGUCCUCCAGCUUGAGACAGGCACUGCCCGUCUGACCGUUACCAAUGUGGCUAAUGAAAAAUAUGCAGUUCAGGACUUCUCAGAUGAGGUAACCCACAAGAGUGACAUGGAGGUGGUCAUGGAUCUGCACACAGCCAAAGUGACUUUCACCGGAGCAACAGGCAGCAACAACAUCAAAAUGAAUCAAAAAGUGGUUGCAGAAAUGUGCAUUUUCCGCCAUGUAAUUUUUGAUGCCAACUUUGAGACAGAAACACCUUUCAUGAAGGGCAGCGUUGCAGAAGUCAAGUUCCAGAUUAAUGCCGGAGACAUGAAAAUUGAUCUUACUGCCUCUCACAGUGCAGAGCUGACUGGAAGGAUUGAGGGAACUCUCUCAAACUCUGUGCUUGCUUCAGUCACACCUAGUGAUCUUAUGUUUGACACCAAGAACAAGGGAAAUGUCAAGGCUGCCCUUCCAUUGAAGCUGUCUGCAAAGAUUGAUCUCCAGAAUGACAUGGCCGUCACCCUGAACUCUGAAAUGCAGCAGUCUAGCUGGACAGGUCUGGCCAGAUUCAACCAGUACAAGUACUCCCAUUUCUUCAGCAUGGAUAACAGUGACAGAGAAAUUAACAUCAUUUCCCAGAUUAAUGGAGAAGCAGAUCUAGGUGUACUAAGGAGGCCUAUCACCAUCCCUGAAAUGACCAUGCCAUUUGUUGGUAUGAGGACACCAAGAGUGGAAGACUUCUCCCUGUGGGAAGAAACUGGCCUGGGCAACAUCCUGACCACAACUGAGCAGACAUUUGACAUGAACUCCAAGCUGAAGUACAUGAAGAACCCUGAGAUGAUCACCAUUGACAUUAAUGUGGAUCCAGUCAUCACUUUCGUUAAUAACAAUGUCAAGACUCUGCACAAGACAGUGCUCAUCGGCAAAGAUCAGGCUGCUGCCAUCCUGGCUACAUCUUACAACCAAGCAAAGGCAGAGUAUGAAAAGUAUAGCAUUGAGCUGCCCAAAACCAUUACAAUCCCUGCCUACAAAGUUCCAGUGAUGAAUGUCGAGGUGUCUUCCUUCACCAUUCCCCUGCCUGACGUGAGUCUCAUCACAAUGCCUGCUCUGCAUGUUCCAUCUGCCCUCAGCAAGAUGACUCUGCCAAAAAUCACUCUGCCCAAAAUUCAGAGCAUCAGCAUCCCAAUGCUGGGUGAUCUGACCUAUGAGUUCUCCAUGAAAACCGCAAUGGUCACACUCAAAACUGAUGCCAGCAUCCUCAACAAGGACACUAUCCUGAUCAAACUUGAUGCUUCCUCAACCUCUACAUUCGAGGUUCUGACUGGAAAGAUUGAGGGCAACGCCAAUGUGAACACAGCCGAUGGAUUUAAAGUGGUCUCUGUCCUGUCUGUUAAACAUCCAAUGAUUGAGGGAAACCAUGACAGCACCACCAUGAUCAGCUAUGAAAAUGUGGAUACCUCCAUCACCAAUUCAGCAAAGGUCAACCUACCUGUCCUGAAAAUGGAAAUCUAUCAGGAGAUUACUGGAAAUCCAGAGGAGGGCCUUCUUGUGUCUAUGUCCACUCCAUCUGCAGGACUCCUCGCACUUCAAAUGCAGACCAAGCGCCCAGCACAAGUGAAAGCAAGACUCUAUGGUCGCUACCCGUCUGAGCCAACAACCGACAUCGAAAUCUUGGCUCUGAAGAUGUCUGUGAUGGACUCCGAGAAGCUGAACCUUCAGACAACCUGGAACAUGGAGAUGCCAUAUCAGAUGAUGUUGGGAAUGAAGAAACAGGUGCCCACUGUGAUGAAAAUGGUGUCUGAGCCUGCUGUCGAUACAUAUAACACAAUCUAUAGGCAUGCUAGAAGCCUUGAGGGUCCCUUUGAGCAGGCUAAAGAGCAGGGUAAAGUGAUGUUAAAGCAGGCUGUUGACAACCUUGCAGCAAUGAAUCCUUCCAGUGUUAUGACAACUGUCACAGAUAAGACCAUCUUGAUCCUCAGAGAGUACCAAAAGAAAGUUGAAAUCGUUCUUGAUGCUGUUGUUAAAUUCCUGAGAGAGACCAAGUUCCAGAUCCCUGGGUAUGAGCAGAGGCUGUCUGGACUUGAGGUUUACCAGAAAUUCAGUGCUUUUGUCGCUGAUGUAUCUGAGGAGGCUGUUCAGAAGGUUCCAGAGUACUUUGCCUCCAUGUUUGCAGCAGUGCUUGAUUAUUUCCAAAACAUCGAAUUCACCCUUCCUGGCUCUAACUACAUCGUCAGCGGAAGGGAAAUUCUCGAUGACUUAGUUGUAGCUUUGAAGAAAAUUCAGGACCAAGUGAUUGUCACUGUUAGGAAACUGGGCGAAAUCCAGCUGGAAGACAUCAUUAACAAAUUCUCUGCAUUCGUGCAGUUUACCACCGAACAGGGUGAGAAGUUGCUCCAAACUAUUAAAUCUCAGAACGCAGAGAAGCUCUACACCUUUGUGAAUGAUGUAUACAAUGAUGCCAUCAACUCUCAGGUCCUGGCUGAUGUUACCAUGCAGGUUGAAGAGGCCCGCAAAAUUAUUGUGGAAUAUCUAAAAGCUGUGAAAGCUAGGCUUGAGAACAUUUUCGCUGACAUGUCCUUUGACCAGCUUCAAGCUGACAUCCAGUCCUGGAUCGAUGUAAUGGUGAAACGUUUAAAUGCUUUCCACAAUAACGUUAUUAGAACACUGAAGGAGACAAGCAAAACUGUUGAACCAUUUGUGAGAGUAGGUGACAGACAGAUGGAAGUUGACAUCCCCUUACCAUUUGUUGCCAAACUCAACUAAGUGACCAUAGCUAACCAGGAUAUACUACAGUGUUUGCUUUGACUGUAUCUGUUGUGUAACCAUGAUGCGUGUCUCUCUACGCUGUGUUUGAAAUUAGUAAUUUUGUUUAUUAUUUCACAGUAGAUUCACAGCUGCUGUGCUCUCUUUGUGUCUUGUACUAUUUAAAAAAUAUGUGCCCUUCAAUAAAGACAGUUUGUACUGCA